UUUAAGCGUCAAUAAUCCUCAUAAAAUAAUCGCUGUUGGAUGCUCUAGUAAAAAAAACCUUGCCUUCACCUGUAAAACCCUCGCAUCUCCGGACUCUUACCCCGUCGCCGGCGGAAAUUGUUGAAACAUGAAGAUUAGGUUCUGUACUGGCUUUACAAAACAUGGGGUUUUGCUCGUUCAUUCGGAACUACCGGCACUUUUUCCCUUUAAAUCUCGGUUAUUCAAUGAGUCUACUCUUUGCAAGUUGUGUGACCAUAAGAAGAAGAUUGUGAUGAACAUGAGACAACAUGAGACUCCAAUCCGCAAUAGCUGGCAGAAGCUUUGCAUCAGAUUCUAUUGGACUCAUCUUUGUCUAGAGCGGAUAGGUCUCAAUCUGGACGAAAGCGCGGGGCUUUGUCGACCGAGUUUGUUGGAUAUGAAGAUGGAAACGGCUGCUACUUGUGCCAGGGUUUAUGAGUUUUGUGGGACUGGUAUUGUUCCUGGCGAGCUUGAUGGGUUGGAACUUCUUGUGACCGUCGAUGUGAUGAAGGAGCAAGUGGAGUAUCUUCUCAAGUUGGGGCUUACGAUCCAAGAUAUCGACAAUUACCCUCUCGUUAUUGGUUGUAUUGUAACGAAGAACAUGAUCCUGGGGAAAUCAAAUUUCACUGAGUUUCUCAGGAGAUAACCACAGGUUCUUCAAUCUAGUGUUGCUGUAGACCUUGUCCCUGUGGUUAAGUAUCUCCAAGUACAGGAUAUUCAACCAAAGGACAUACGACGACGGGUUCUUGAGAGGUAUCCAGAAGUUCUUGGGUUUAAGCUAGAAGGGACCUUGAGCACGUCUUACCUGGUUGGGACAGGAGUAGCAAAGGGGGAAAUUGGGAAUGUUUUAACUUGAUAUCCUGAAAUUUUGGGAUGCUGAGUAGCUCGAGUAAUUAAGCCCUUACUGGAAUAUCUCGAGAUCUUGGGUAUUCCACAACUGGCUGUAGCUUGAUUGAUAGAGAAUCGGCCUCACAUUCUGGGAUUCAAAUUGGACAAGGCAUUGAAACCAAAUGUGCAAACCCUGCUAGAUUUCAAUGUCAGAGAAACAAUUAUUCCUUCUGUAAUUGCACAGUAACCUGUUAUAAGGGUCGACUUGAAAUCUAAGCUCGAGUCACUAAGGAAGCUACUUUGUUCAGCCCUUGAUCUAGAUCCUGAUGAGUUAGGACGUGUUAUCGAGAGAAUUCCACAGUUUGUUAGUCUCGGUAAUUUGCCUUUGUUAAAGCACAUUGAUUUCCUCAAGGAGUGUGGAUUCUCUGCUGACCAAGUGAGAGAAAUGAUCAUAGGGUGUCGCCAGGUUCUUGCUCUGAAUAUCAGAAUAAUGAGCAACUUUGAAUACUUCCACUUGGAAACGAAAAGACCGCUUCUUGAAGAUCUGGUGGAUUUUCCCGGAUUCUUUACCAUAAAGCCGAGACAGAGAAGGGUUUGCAUAAAGGGAAUCAAAUGUUCAUUGGCCUGUAUGCUCAACUGUUCAGAUGAGAAGUUUGAACAGAUGAUGAACAUUAUGGAUAUGGAAGAAGCAGAAACUGAACCAUCCUCUUUUGAUAUGAAUACACUAACACAGCAAUUGGUAGGAGACAGGAAGAUGUCGAGUAAUGCAGGAAACCUGGCAAAUCGCGGCACAAAGGUUGAAUCUUUUCGACCGGGGAAGGAUCAAAAGACAGUGAACAAGCCUUCACACAGUUUAUUCUGACAAUGAGAUUCAAAGAGAAGUUGAACUUUUUGGUGUGCCAAAGGUUGUUCUAAUGAGCUAUGGAUACAGAAGAAAAAAAAUCCCAUUUCUGUUGAUAUUCGGUUAUGUUCAGAUGAUAGACAAAACACAUUCGUCCAUCCGAUGUUUUAUUUGAUUCAUUGGAGAGAAAAAAAGACCUUGUGAAAGUCGUAAAUUUCAUAGUAAUUUGUGUAUUUUUCGUUAAAUGAC